CGGCUGUUGAUACCAAAACAAUGAGCUGAUCCAGUGUACUGCACGCGGCAGGGGGCCUCAGAAGUAUCAAACCAUUGGUUCAAUAAAGGAGUUGUGUCAGUUUUACUUGGUGUGGUGUACCGCUCCUUUCGCGGACGAAUUCUUUCCUCGACUCAUUGGCCAUAUUCGGGAAAGGAUCUAUAUUCCCCACAACAAACCGAACAUCCACCACAGUCCCGGUAGAUGCAAUGUCCUAAAGCUGUUCCGACGAUAGUGAAUCCUGCUGUGUUCUUGCACUCAUUCUAAAACCCAAUCUGCACAAGGAAAAGGCAGAAAAGAAAAUGCCUGACCUACAAGAAGUUGACGACGAUGAGAUUUCAAUCACUUCGACAGCUCCUAGUGAGCAGAAAUCAGAAUAUGAGAUCGAGGAAGUAUUGGCUGAAGGGCGCUUCGAGGACGGUGUCAAGUACUUGGUCCAAUGGGCUGGUUACCCCCCGGAAAGGAACUCCUGGGAGCCUGCUAGCGCCUUCACCAAUAAGCAGACAAUUCUUGAAUGGCGCCAGAAAAAUAAAGACAUUGCUGCCGGAAAGUGCAAAGGGUUUGACGUAGAUGCCUGGCUGCAGUAUAUGGAAGAAUUCGAAGAGAAAAGAGAGGACCGCAAGCGCAGACGUGCAGCUAAGAGACGAAGGCUAGAAGAAUCAGCCGGACAUGAUACACGCCAAGCACAAGCUAGAACACGCAAGGUAGCGCAGAAAACCUCUUCUCUACUAUCUCCACGAGAGCCGUUGCAUCGGCGUUGCUCCACUGACCAGGAACUACAGACACAGAGACGUGUUGCAAACGAUCCACCACCUAUUCUGUUCAGCAGCGGCAAGCCAUCUCAUCAUUCCCAGCGUCGGAACAUCCUCCAAUCGAGCUCUGGUACGAAUGCGGGUAAAUUGUUUCCGAAUCUGUCAUCGAAGUGGUGGCAUCAGAAGGCGCAGCAGAGGGAGUUGGAACCCGACGUCAACCGGUUGAACCUGAGACGGCCCUCAGAGUGGCCUGCCAAUCCUCCCGUUCUCCCAAGCCAAAAUGAUAUCUCAAAUAUGGCGCCACCUCAAGAAUGCAAUCCAGAUGCACAACCUGCACUUGCAUCCGAAUCAGCAUCUGAGCCCUACCGAAGAAGGUCCCCUGGCAAGCUGGAUGAAACCCCCACGCGGGCUCCUGAGCCAGCGGAGCUACGCAAGGAUAGGCCCUACGAAGCUUCUUUGGCCAGGCCUCCACGGGGAGGGAAAACAUUAAUGACUCCAGCAGGCCCCCGAAUUGUAGGUCCCGGUGAGCUGUUGAUUCGUAUUCUAUACGGACCAGAUAGAAGAAUCAUAGGCACAGCUAGGCUUUGUGGCUUGGAGGGAAGAAUAAGAUCUGAGCUGUUCCGGCUCAAGCAAAAUCAUAACCUUGACAUUUGGUUUCAACAUGUUUGUACGUUGAAUCAAUAUCAAACAAUAGCUCCAAAUGCUAUCGGCACGGCGUUUGAUGUGGGUUGGAUUGAAGGCUAUGAGGAUACGUUACCCGAUAUUCGCAACAUGUCCCACGAACUGAAACGAGAGAAUACCGUGGCAAUAUACAAUUUCGAGAAAGCAGCGCUGGCAUUUCUCGCCUAUCCCUCAGAUUCACUCGAUUUCCGCUACCUUAGCAAUAUACGGAAAGACCUUCCUGAGACAUACAUCCAUAUUCAUGUCAGAGAAUCCCUGGAUUCUAUCGGGCAACUCUAUUACAGUGCAGGUCCCCAAAAUUCAUUUACAAGGAACUCUAAGAACGAGCGUGGCGAAAGGAUUCAGAGAAUGAACACCUUCGAAAAUAUGCCGACCUCAGAGGUGUACGAUGACACCAGGAAGGAACACACAAGACCUGCGCAGGCAGCAAACUCAACAGCAGAGACCGCUCCUAGGCAACCUAAGUCUCCCAAAUAUCCAGCACACGAAACUAUUGUAAAAACACCUAGCCUACCAACUCCAUUCCAAGAAGUCAACACCCAUCCUUUGCUACCAGAACCAGCUGCAAGUGAAGCAAUGGACAUCGAUCUUGAAGAGUCGCCGACAACAUCGGCGCAGAAACCUCUGGCAUCUGAUGGCCAGGUCGACUUAAAGGCUAUUUUCAAGACUCAGUUCGGAGUAAAUUUUGAGACCUUGGUUAAGGUGAACGCGGGUUCCAAAACACAAUUAGCAAAGGCACUAUACCUUAUGUUCCCGGAAGAUCCUGAAUAUGCCAAAGAAUUCCAGUUACUGGCUGAGUUUCUUAAAAAAUACAAUCCUGUUGUAUACUCGAGCCAGUAUGAGGGCGACUGGGAGAAAUUUGCGCGCACAGUUUCUGCCGGAGUGGUGUUUUUUCAUGAGAGCUUCACAUCCUUUCACACACUUCCUUUCUUCAAAGCUCUAAUCCUCAAGUCAUCGGUCGGAUUUUGGAGUGUCUCAUUACUCAAACCGCUGCAGUUCGCCGAUCAUCCAUCUCAUUUCCAACGCAUAUUUCCUCAUGGCUGUGUAAUCUUAAUGACCGAAGAUUUCAUGCUGCGUGAACCACACGCCACAGCCAUUUUGCUGGUCUGGAUGAGCGACUGGGUAAAGAGGAAAGUACCGGGGAAUUGGAAGAUGAUGUUCCGCCCUGAUGUCUUGAAUUGGGUGCUCCAACAACAUGACUCAACCAGCUCACAAAAAGUAAAAGAGAGUUGGCUAACCAUGUACCGUCUGAUUCUGCAACUGUGCACUCCCUCCGCCUUCGAUACCCCCCCUGGCAGACUCCUCUCCGGUUCCACCGGCGAAUACUUCGAAAGCAACGCUAUUUCGCCUCCCGAACUUCCUGGUUACGGCUCCCGCACCGAGCAGGAACAUCCCGACCUGCCCGCUGGCGCGACGCGCGAGCUGCUUGACGCCGACCACAUGAUCGAGUUCUUCGCUGGAUGGGGUUUGGUCAACUGCCACCUAUAUCGCCGGUUUGUCGUGGUCACCUGCCAGAGGCUCCCGAAGUGGGCCGAGUGGAACCACAUCGAGGUCAAAUCCUGCGCAAAGGACUUCAUGGAUGCGUUCAAAAUCCCGUACAAGUUUUACUGGGAGACCUUGCGUAGGAAGCCCAAAUUGGAGGGUCGAGAAAGGGUUCAGGCGACGCCUUACACGCCUUACACGCCGCGCACGCCGCGCACGCCGGGAGGCGGAGGCCAUCGCCCGCAACCCUUGGGCGCCGCUCUGGAUGAGCAUAAUGCGCGCAAGGAUUUCCAGGACUCUCAGUACAAUUAUCCUGAGCCUUACCACUAAGCCACAGGACAAGAUGAGUUACGAUAUGGUUGCUCGAUCGAAUCUCUUUCGGGCGACUUAGGCCUUGGACGAAUAUAAAUCGGAAAACACCCACAAUAUGCAUAUAUUUCAGGGUUCUUGUUACAUACUUCAGCGUGGAGACUGUGUGAAACAAAUUGAAGAGAAUAGAAAACCCCAUCCUGUUUUAAUGUAACAUCCUCUGUCCGGAGAU